GUACUACAGGCAGCGGGAUUUCAUUGGGCGAAAUCCUGUGCCCGGGGUCGUCGCGAAAUCCAGAGCGCCUGCAUCCAGGCCUGCAUCCAUCUGGUCGGAUCCUGGGGCGCCGAGUGGGGCGAGUCAACCAGGGUUCAUACACGCCGCACCGUCCAAAAGCCAAUACAAUUUGCUGGCAGGGAUGUUAGACUGCCUAGCUUACUGCGCGUUCGUGUACUGGGCCUUGGCGACGGUCUACACCACCGCCCCCGUCGAUGUGGCGAUGUGUGGAGCCGAUCCUGAGCGGGGCGGGCUGGGCGCCCUACUGCACCACACCUUCGGCGGCGAGGUGGACAUUGACGCCGCCGCCUGGCGCGGCUACCCGUGCGACAGCGACCUUGGGGUCAAUGUCCUGUUCGUCCUGCAACGCCCCGGAGCCACCGUAAGGCACAUCGUGACCGGCGGCGGCCAGGGUGAGCCGUUCUUGCCCGUCCUAUUCGUGGUGCCCAUCCUGUUCAUCGCCACCGUGGUGCUGCGCGAGGUGCUGGGCGUGCGCAUCAUGUCACCCACGGCCAGCCGCACGCUUCUCAAGUUUGGCACCGCUGUGGGCUGCCGCUCCAUGAUCCUGGCCAAGUCGCUGCUGCUGGGCAAGGGCUCGCUUUACUACCAGCGCGAGAGCAACGUGGAGUUCCUCAUCAUUGCCUUAUCCGCCUACAUCAUCGAGAUCCCCUUCCUGCAUGAGGUGGCCGUCAGUGGCGGCACCGCGCUGAUCAUCUGCGCGCAGGCGGCGCUGUUCCCGCACCACUUCCUGCCCAAGGUCAACCCCGCCAACGUUGCGCUGCAGGCCGUCGCCGCCACCGUGUUCGCGCUGGUGAACGCCUCCUACCGGCAGCGCCGCCGCUUGGCCGAGCGCAACGACCUGGCGGCGCACAGCGCAGCCGCAGGGGGGGCGGGGCCCGGCUCAGGCAGCUCGACUGAUUCUGGGGAUGUGUCAGGCGCACUCAAAGAUAUUCUUCUUGCUCUGCAAGACGUGGUGAAGCGUACCGAUCUGCAAGACAUGGCGAAGCUUACCGUAUUCUUGUCGGACAUGGUGCUCGCGGGCCUGAAGCGCCAAUUCAGGCCACCAAGUUCAGGGAACGAGUCGCGCGGCGCCAACCAGGGCUUCCGCCGCCGCCUUAUGGUGUCCUACGGCAUGACCCCAAACUCAAUGCGGUGCAUGGUGCUGGACAAGGAGCUUCCAGACUGCUUCCUAGUCGCCGCCCACCUCUUCGCCGUGCGAUUGCAGCCGUACGCACGCAUCAUCAUGGGCAGCGACUUCGACAUCAACGGCUCGAAGAACGGCGUCAUUUUGUGCAGCGCCAUCGAGUACGCGUACGAGCACCAGCGCAUCUGCUUCUCGAAGGGUAUGGGCGAUGGCGAGUUCAUUCUGCACGUGCUGGACAAGUGGCUCCUGGAUAAGAGGCUGUCGUCCGUGGGGCAGCACAAGAACGAUACAGCCUUUGCGGAGGCGCUGGGUGACCUCACCUUCAGGCACAUUGACAACAAGCACGUCAAGUUCAAGAGCGCCACCGGCAAGGGGCCCUACAAGCGCGCUCUGGCCCUGCACGCCAAUUUCGCACUGGAGCACUGCGCGACGACUUACCCGGAAGGCUUCGACCCGACACAGUACACCUUCAACGACAAUUCGCAGCACGAGGGCAAGGAGGAGCUCGUCAAGAUGUGGCUGAGCCGGCUCGACACCGGAAGCGUCGCGGAGGUGGGGGCCGAGUCGUCCGUGUCCCCGGAAGAGUCGGUGGACGUGGAGGAGGAGGUGGAGGAGGAGGUGCACGUGUGGCGAGGUGGCCCUUAGGCCGAGGCGCGCAGGGUCUCAAGAAGCGGUGGCCCAGCAGGGCACCUGGGGCAAGUCACUUUGACUGCAUGUAUUGCUGUUUAGAGGCGGGCCGGAUGGACAUAUGCGGUUCUCCGUUGUGUGCCGGAUGAGACACGGCACCAGCGCCUACGGCGAGGUUAUUGACUCUUGACACACGUUGAUCGUACACGUCACUGCACGACCAAGGACCGGGCGGUAGCGUGCCAGGCUAUAAUGCCUUGGCGCUCGUAAGGAAAUCAACUGGCAGAUACGGUAAAUGUGCUAGGAGAGCUAGUGUGGGUAACGCGCUUAAGCUCUCUUAUCACAUUUACGGUAUCUGUCAGUUGAUUUCCUGGCACGCUACCGCCCGGUCCUUGGUCGUGCAGUGACUUGUACGAGUAACGUGUGUUAGAAUCAAUAACCCCGCCAGAGGCGCUGGUGCCGUUGUUGGCCAUAUUCUGAUGAGGUCUGGGAAUAUGGCAGGAGAUUGCUAUAUGCAGCCAGGAACGAGCAAGGAGUGAUCGAUGGGAACGCAGUAAUGGUGCGCAUCAAAUCGCAAGUUAGAGCAGACUUCUGGUCUAGGUUACAAUCGUAUGUGUGUCUUGGUGCCAAACCGAGGGGGUGGGACCUUGGGUGGGACCGAGUCUCGCCAGGCCACCCUUGGAUUGAGCGAAGAGCAGAUGGAAGUAUGAAGCUGAACAGACCACGAAGUGUCAUAAUGGAAGAGGAGGUGGAGUGAUGGCACCUAGUAACAUGUUCGGUAUGGCGGGAGGAGCGUCCUAUGGGAGCAAGCCUACUAGAGCUAGAGUAGGCCGACGGCGUUGCAGGCGGCACGCCCCUGGGGUCCAGAGCAGGGUGUUCGUUCCCCACGUCACUGGCUCGUGAACUGCGUCAGCAGGUCCCUCUUGUAACCAAUGCAAUCUGGGAAUCAGCUGCACCCUGCGGGACUUCACCAACCUGCCUUGACACUGUCCCAUCGCACAUGCAUGUACGCUCCUGACAUGGCAGACGUAGGUAGAGGGAACAGCUUGCAAGGGAGGUGAGGAUGAGGUUGGGCGCGUGGGGUUGGAGACGGCAAGGCGUGUUUCGUGCAGUUGCGGUAAACUGGUAAUAUCACAGCAGACACCGGGGCUGCUGUGAUGAUGUACACCUGUCGAUGUGCGUGUAACAAAACAUGCGC